UAGUCAUGAAAGAUUUUAAUGAGGAUGACAUCGAUUUGACAACAUAUUUUGAAGAAAUUAUUUAUUGUAGUGAGAGUAUAAAUGACAUACACAAUAAUCUUGAACCAGUAUCUUUAAAAAAAGAUGAUUUGUUCAAUACUUUUGAUGAAGCUGAACUUUCUGAAAAUAACAAGGUGGUUCGCAAACGGACUAUUCUCUGCAAGCAUUCUGGUUUAUAUAAAUCUAAAAAUACCCAGAAACAAAAAGAUUCUUGUUGGUUUGUUGAAGUUACAUGGGAAGAAAAAACUAAUACGUUAACGAAUUUGUUUUGGAUGAGUUCAGAACAAAUUCUAUUAUGGUAUGAAUUCGGUAAAGCAAUUGGGCAUGAUAAUACUGCGGGUACCAAUAGAUAUAACAUGCCUCUUUCUUUAUUUGUAGUACAGGAUGAUAACAUGCAAUCCUGCAUAGUUUCUCAAGCUUUUGUUAGCAAUGAGAUAACUGAAACAUACCAGUAG